AUGCCUGACACAUCCUCCAGGACUCACAUGCCUGACACAUCCUCCAGGACUCACCUGCCUGACACAUCCUCCAGGACUCACCUGCCUGACACAUCCUCCAGGACUCACAUGCCUGACACAUCCUCCAGGACUCACAUGCUCGACACAUCCUUCAGGACUCACCUGCCUGACACAUCCUCCAGGACUCACAUGCUUGACACAUCCUCCAGGACUCACAUGCCUGACACAUCCUCCAGGACUCACCUGCCUGACACAUCCUCCAGGACUCACAUGCUUGACACAUCCUCCAGGACUCACAUGCCUGACACAUCCUCCAGGACUCACCUGCCUGACACAUCCUCCAGGACUCACAUGCUUGACACAUCCUCCAGGACUCACAUGCCUGACACAUCCUUCAGGACUCACCUGCCUGACACAUCCUCCAGGACUCACCUGCCUGACACAUCCUCCAGGACUCACAUGCCUGACACAUCCUCCAGGACUCACAUGCUUGACACAUCCUCCAGGACUCACAUGCCUGACACAUCCUUCAGGACUCACCUGCCUGACACAUCCUCCAGGACUCACCUGCCUGACUCACCUAGGCAAGGAAGUGAAUGA